AUGCGCGUUCCACCCGUUCCUCCACCGGACCCAUCCCAGCCUUCCGAGUUGGAGAGCCGGCGGAGCCGGCUGCCCAGGAGUCUCUGGCUCCCCGCCUUCUUGGCUGGUCUGUUCAGCUGCGUGUACAACUUCGCCUACGUGACAGAGUUUGUCCUCUUCGCCGUCUACUUCAAGGAACAGCACAACUGGCACUCCGCGACAUGGGCAGGAGUGGCGCAAUCUUCAGGCGACAUCUUGGCGGCAGUGGUCCUGCAGUUUAUUGCUCGCUUCGCACCGCCGUCACCUGAGAAGGAGCAGGCAGGCUUCGAUGCUGGCGGCGCCACUCGCGCGUGGUACUCCAUAUCGGCAAAGCCAUACAACUUGGUUUGGUUCUGCCUUUGGUGGGUAGUUCUUUGCCUGGGCAUGACUGUCCCGAACUUGCCUGUGGUGAUCGUAUCCCAAGUUGUUAUGGGAACCCUCUAUGUCACCUGCAUCCAGGGCGCCACGAAGCUCAACACUUACUACUCCUUAGGGGAUGCUAAUGUCUUCAUAAGCCUUCAGCUGAUCAAGCUCAACGCAGAAGCUGUGGGAAUGUCCGUCGCCACCCUCACGGCGAUGGUGCUUUAUGACCAGGUCCACCCGAACGCGCCCUUCAUACUAAGCGCGGCUUUGAACUUGUGUGCUCUCAUCGUGAUCUUCGUUGGUUUCUAUUUGCGCGUGGGCUGUGGACAGUCUCUUGAGGCUGGCUUGUCGGUUGCAGCGCGCAUUGACCGAAUCUACGCCUGCAGUGAUGCAGUUGACUUGUCGCCCACCAAGAGGUCGAGGCCAGUCAAGCCACUGCCUGCCCUUGCGGUCACUGUGCCGAGAGCACUGGUGCGGAGUCCAUGCAAGGGCCUCGUCCUAUCGGGCUGGGAGAAGAAGCAGGCGCACCUACUGGAUUGCAUCCUGGAGCCCAGCGUGGGCCCAGAGAAACAGGCUCCGGCGCAGGUAUCGUUCCAGAUUGCGGAGAGGUGUCACUGGGAGCUGGAAUGUGGCAAGUCCUUCAUGGAUGAGGUGAUGGAGGGCGAGCCAAAAGACUUGGAGCUACCUCCUCCCUCCCUGCAGAUUCUAGUCUCCGAUGCAUCGGAUCCUAGCGCGGCCUCCCCACAGGCAGAGCUGUCACCUGGACCAGCCUUGGAAGCAGUCACAGAGGAGACACCUGUCCUGCAGCAACCCAGGUCUGAAGCUCCCACGCUCGGAUGGAAGAGAUGUGCGGGAGGAGCCCGGUGCGCCGAAGCCGCGGAGGCCGUUGGCCACCGUUCCUUCGCCACGCAGCCGACUAUGAAUCGUCAAGUUUCUGUGAGCUCGGCGGGCACCGGGAACUCCAGCGACGGCGAGACGACGCGCUGGCCGUUCUGCAAGCAUGUUCGUGCGCGCGGUUGA